AUGGCUACCAAUACCCUGCACCUGCAGGCGAUUGCAUUAGCAGCAGUCUUGCUCAUCUGUCGCCUUUCGCCGGUGACACCAGCAGCGUCGGCUCAGCAGCUGACAGGCUGCCGCGACAAGUGCGGAAACAUCAACGUUCCCUACCCCUUCGGCAUCGGCGCCCGCUGCGCCCGCGAUGAAGGCUUCCAGCUCAACUGCGACGACAGCGCGUCGCCACCGCGCCUACUCACGCUUCAGUUCGAGCAACACCCGCAGCUCGUCAGCCUGUCCCUGGCCGAUGGCGAGGCCCGGGUCCUCCUCAAACCGGAAAGCAAGUGCUACCCUCCUCCAGAAGAGAGGUCCUCCGACGUCCCCACCUCCUCGUACACGUCCAUCAACGGCAGCACCACCUACCGCUACUCGCCGGAGAAGAACCGCCUCGUCGCGCUCGGCUGCCCCAACCUCGGCUACAUCGUCGACGGCUCCGGCAACUACGUCAGCGGCUGCAUGUCCGCGUGCCGCCGCCCGUCGCUGGGCAAUGAUACAGUGCCGCGGUUGCCGGGGCGGUGCACCGGCGAGCGGUGCUGCCAGAGCAUCAUACCACCUACCCUCAACUUCUACGUGCCGCGGAUGUUCAACUUCGAGAACGGGACGGCGGCGGUGGACAACGAGCUCCGCGGCGGCACGACGCCGUGCAGGUACGUGUUCCUGGUGGAGCACACCUGGAUCAACACCGUGUACAACGACACGAAGGAUUUCAACCGGAGCGACUUCGAGGCCGUGCCCGUCGUGCUCGACUGGGCAAUCCGGAACGUCUACAACUGCAGCGCCGCCAAGCGCAACGCGACGGACUACGCGUGCCGGAGCACGAACAGUGAGUGCUUCGACACCAUCGACGGCCAGGGCUACCGGUGCAACUGCUGCCAGGGCUACGAGGGCAACCCCUACCUCGACGGUGGAUGCACAGAUAUCAACGAGUGCUUACGUCCGGAAAAGUACGGAUGCUACGGAGACUGCACAAACAUGUUAGGAAGUCACACUUGCGUGUGCCCUCCUGGGACUAGUGGAAAUUGGACCGACAGGAACGGUUGCCGCCCAAAGGACAACUUCCCUUUAGCUCUUAAAGUAGUUACAGGGGUUAGCGUCGGUGUCUUCUUGUCAGUGUUCAUGUGCUUCUGGCUCUACUUGGGGCUCCAGAAGAGGAAGCUCAUCAGAACGAAGCAGAAGUUCUUCGAGCAUAACGGUGGAGUGAUCCUCCGGCAGCAGAUGCACUCCGGCGGAGGCACCCAUGGGUUCAGGAUAUUCUCGACAGAAGAACUCAAGAGGGCGACCCACAACUUCGCCUCUGACCGUGUUCUGGGUCGUGGUGGUCACGGUGUUGUCUAUAAGGGCGUCCUCGAAGACAAGACAGUAGUGGCCAUCAAGAAGUCGAAGAUGAUGGAGGAGGCCGAGACCAAGGAGUUUGCGAGAGAAAUGUUCAUCCUCUCCCAAAUCAACCAUCGGAAUGUCGUCAAGCUGCUUGGUUGCUGCCUCGAAGUUGAAGUGCCCAUGUUGGUCUAUGAAUUCGUCUCAAAUGGCACCCUCUACCACUACAUCCAUGGCAAGGAACCCAAAGCUGACAUACCACUUGAUACUCGUCUUCGGAUAGCGGCAGAGUCAGCCGAGGCACUCUCCUACAUGCACUCAUCGGCUUCACCCCCAAUCCUCCAUGGAGAUGUCAAGACGGCAAACAUCUUGCUUGAUGACAAGUUUAACGCCAAAGUUUCUGAUUUUGGGGCAUCAAAGCUAGCACCAACUGAUGAGGCCGAGAUUGCAACGUUGGUGCAGGGAACUUGCGGGUACUUGGACCCCGAAUACCUUAUGACAUGCCAGUUGACUGAUAAGAGCGAUGUUUACAGUUUUGGUGUCGUCAUGCUAGAGCUUCUGACAAGGAAGAAAGCAUUGUACUUGGACGGGCCAGAGGAAAACAGGAGCCUGGUGUCAUGCUUCACCACAGCAAUGAAAGUUGGUCGCCAUCAAGAGCUACUAGAUAGCCAAGUAAGGAAUGAGAUGAGCGCUGAAAUGCUAGAAGAGAUCACAUACCUCCUGAUGCGAUGCAUAAGCAUGAAUGGAGAAGAACGGCCAACGAUGAAAGAGGUUGCUGAGAGGCUGGAGAUGUUAAGGAGAUACCAGCAGCACCCAUGGGCUGAAGCUGAAGACAAUGCAGAGGAGAUUGAGAGCUUGCUCGGCAGGGAACAACAGAAUGCAAAUUACCAACUCGAGCAACAAAAUGUCUUGUAUUUGGAAGAAGGCCGUAACUAUACAUUUAGCAUGUAGAUCACGCUGUUUUGAAUUAUGUUUUAUAAAUCAAUCAACACAGAUAUGACUUCUUUUUCUAUGAACAUGAAAAAGCAAAUUUAUGGCCAUUGCAGAAAGGACAAAGAGUUUGCAAAUGAAAUCUUAACAUGUAAAUCUUUCUUGGACAAUUAAUAUAGCUCCCAUGCAUAAUAAAUUGCAAUGAAAGAACCAUGUAGAAAUUCAUGUGGGAUGUAAUAAGAUUGCAGGAAAUCACAAAAUGAUAUAGACCAACGAUGUUAGGAAAUAAACCUGACCUUGUGUGUCAGGUCAGUCCGCGCGUGCGUCGUGUGUGUGUGUUUGUUGUUAACGCGUUCGUCGCAUGGAGCCGGGUCGUGCGGGUAGUGCGAGCAAAGGUCGGGGAUGGAGUUCGUGCUCCGUUGU